GGGACAAGUAUAAAUUCAACCCAACCCCCUUCCACUCUUCACCUGCCCCUAACCUUAAACCCCCAUUUCCCUCCAAGUUUCCAUUUCUCUUCCAUUCCCAUUCUUCACCUUUCGAUGGCGGCAAUUCACAACCUCGCGGUAAUCCUCAAGAACCCGCUUAACCACGCGGAAUUUCUCCUCGUCAAACAGACGCGCCCGAAUAGAUUUGGCGACGAAGAGUACGAUUCCUUCGUGGAUUCCGAGCUCUGGGACCUCCCCUCCACCCGGCUGAACCUUUUGGAGGGAGAAUCCGAGUCCCAGAUUGUCGUGGUGGGCGCCGAGUCGUGUUCGGAGAAGAUCAAUCUGAGGAAACUUGAUAUCGAUUCUGCUCUGGACCGGGUAUUGGAUCAAGUGGGGCUUGCGGCAACUGAUGGGGGAGAAUGGAAAUUCUGGAAGUAUGUGGAGGAACCUGAAUUUGGACCAGGUUUUCCGGUUCAUAAUGUGUUUAUUACAGGACAAUUGGUGGCUGGGAAAAAUCUACAAGAGUUGUGCAAGUGGAUGUCAGUUGAAACAUGUCUGAGCUGGCUUCUGGAAGUGAAACCAAGUAGCAAUCGCAUGGGACCUCUGGUAGUUGUUGGUCUGAUAAAUGAUUCGAUGCAGCCUGCAGAUCAGAUAGUCCCACCCAUCUUACGGUAUCAGGAGUACCCUCCUGGUGUUAAAGUUAUACCUAUUGGAAGUAAGACAGCAAAGCCUUUUCAUACAACAAACUUGAUCGUAUUUGCCCCUGAAAAUGUUUCAAAUGAAAAUGAGAAAAAUAGUUUUGUUGCUAGUGGGGAUGCAUUGAUAGUGGAUCCAGGAUGCCGGUCUGAAUUCCAUAAAGAGCUCCAAAAAAUAGUUGCUGCUUUGCCACGAAAGAUCAUUGUCUUUGUUACCCAUCACCAUCGGGAUCAUGUAGAAGGUCUUUCAAUCAUCCAAAAGUGCAAUCCUGACGCGACACUAUUAACACAUGAAAAUACAAUGCGACGCAUUGGAAAAGGUGACUGGUCCCUUGGCUAUACCUCAGUUUCUGGAGCAGAAGACAUUUGCAUUGGUGGUCAACGAUUAAGAGUCAUUUUUGCACCGGGACAUACAGAUGGCCACAUGGCACUGCUUCAUGUGAGUACCAACUCAUUGAUUGUCGGUGAUCAUUGCGUUGGUCAAGGAAGUUCUCUCUUGGACUUUCGUUCUGGUGGAAAUAUGAGUCAAUACUUCCAGACAACUUACAAAUUUUUGGAGCUUUCCCCUCAUGCUUUGAUUCCUAUGCACGGGAGAGUUAACCUUUGGCCAAAGCACAUGCUUUGUGGAUAUCUCAAGAACCGCAGAAGUAGAGAAACUUCCAUCUUGAAAGCGAUUGAAAAUGGAGCAGAAACAUUGUUUGACAUAGUUUCAGAUGUAUACUCUGACGUUGAUCGCAGUGCAUGGAUUGCUGCUGCAUCAAAUGUGAGGCUUCAUGUGGAUUAUCUGGCCCAGCAAGAUAAGUUACCAGAGGGCUUCUCUUUAGAAACUUUUGAUGGAAGUUUUUCUUCAUUUGCGGAGAAAGUGGGUAAAUUGGAACCCAAGUGAGGAUAGCUUCUUAUGGCCCACUCAUCAACUACCUUGUCUUAGGCAUUUUCUGUCCAGAAGUUCCACAAAACUUGGCCGUGGUUCCUUUCCGGAUGGGUCUGGGAAUAUAUUAGUUAUGGUUUCCGGCUAAAUUAUCAGAAGUUAAGGACAUGGACAUUACUUAUUUCUGGUAUCGUUGCUAUAUUUGCUGUGUUGUACUCGGUUAACAAAUUUAAUUCCAAAUGAGACCAGAAGGUCAGACAAUUUGGAACUCCA